AUGGCCGCACGUCAACCUAGAUUUAAUCAGCAAGUCUUGAUUGACACCACCCCAUUACCUGCGGAAAUCCCCCCAGUCACAGAAAUUGGUAGCAGUUCGGCGCCAUUACUGUCCGCGAGUUUCUUUAUCGGCGCAAGAUGUAGACCCUACAAUGACGAUUUCAUGCAAUGCAAGAAUGACAAUCCCGGAAAGGGAGAGAUUGAUUGUUUGAAGGAGGGCCGAAGGGUUACUAGGUGUGCGAGGAGCGUGAUUGAAGAUGUGAACAAACACUGUCUUGUGGAGUUCCGGAAACACUGGGGUUGCCUUGACAAUAACAACCAACAACUUUGGCAUUGUCGAUCACUAGAGCAGAAGCUCAACAAAUGUGUCUUUGACAAUCUGAAACUCGAGAAGAUUAUUCCAGAUACCCCAGCAAACGAAACCCCUGUGCACCUACGUAAACGACAAAUUUACUCACACUAUAGCUCGUGA